UAGCCUAUGUCAGUUCGGGUCUCAAUUCGUUCCUGAAUCAAAAUUAUAAAUUGCACCAAAAACUAAACAAAAAAAAAAAAAGUACCCCAAAAAAAAAAAAAGUAAAGAAAAACUAACCAAAAAACGUAUUUUUUUUUUUACCCUUUUAACUCCCCAACUCUGAUGCGAAACUGAUUCGUUUUAUUCGACAAGCCAAGAAGUAACAAAAACGGUCCAAGAUGGGUGAAGAAGGAGGUGGCGGCGGCUCCGGGCGCAAGGAUCUCAAGGGCUUCCUGAUGGACUUCAUGAUGGGCGGUGUGUCGGCGGCCGUGGCCAAGACGGCGGUCGCUCCCAUCGAGCGUGUCAAGCUGCUCCUGCAGGUCCAGGAGGUCUCCAAGCAGAUAUCGCAGGAUCAGCGCUACAAGGGUAUCAUCGAUUGUUUCAUCCGUAUACCCAAGGAGCAGGGAUUCGGAUCCUUUUGGCGUGGAAACUUGGCCAAUGUGAUACGUUAUUUUCCCACCCAGGCACUCAACUUUGCAUUCAAGGAUGUCUACAAAUCGGUCUUCCUUGGAGGCAUCGACAAACAUAAACAGUUCUGGCGCCAUUUUGCCGGAAACUUGGCUUCCGGCGGCGCUGCAGGUGCCACGUCCUUGUGCUUUGUGUAUCCUUUGGACUUUGCUCGAACUCGACUCGCUGCCGAUGUGGGCAAGGGCGGCAACCGAGAGUUCAACGGCCUGAUCGACUGCCUGGUGAAGGUCGUGAAGAGCGACGGCCCCAUCGGAUUGUAUCGCGGCUUCAUCGUCUCCGUCCAGGGCAUCAUCAUCUAUCGAGCGGCCUACUUUGGCUUCUACGACACGUGCCGCGACUACUUGCCCAACCCGAAGAACACACCCUUCUACGUGAGCUGGGCCAUCGCCCAGGUGGUGACCACGGUGGCUGGUAUCGCUUCCUAUCCAUUCGACACGGUGCGUCGUCGGAUGAUGAUGCAGUCGGGUCUGAAGAAGUCGGAGAUGCUGUACAAGAACACGGCCCACUGCUGGGUGGUGAUUGCCAAGACAGAGGGUAUCGGUGCCUUCUUUAAGGGCGCCCUGUCGAACAUUAUCCGCGGUACCGGCGGCGCCUUGGUGCUCGCCAUUUACGACGAGAUGAAGAAGUACUUUUAGCACCGACGGCGAGCCUCGCUCAUCAUCGGGAAAUGAUCGGCUGUCGGUUCGGAUACGCAUUUGGCCAUGGCCGUUCAUCCACAACGAACCGGAGCCGUGUCGCAAUAACCACCAGACGAUAACCACCAGUGUCGUCCCCCCACCAAUCCCAUGUCUAGAAGUAACUUCAUCAUCCGCCUCCCCCCCAGUAGUUGCAUCCUCAAUCGAAUCCGAAUCCGAAUCAGUUUCAGAAGGAAACGGUUAACGAGAAUAGCUGUAGAAGCGUCCAGUAAGGAGCAGAAGCAGCAGGAAUACCAUCAUUAGAAUCAGCAUUAGCAUCAGUACCAGUGCCAGUUAGAAGCAUCGCCUCCACUAAUCAGCAGCGCCACCACGCCGGAUCAUGAUCAGGAAUCACCCGAAGGAGUAACCCGAACCGAGUGGAAUCAAGUGUCAAAUGUGUACGGGUGUGGAUCGGUGUGUUCGGGGGGCCAGCUGUGAAACCGCUUAAAUUAUAAGAGAGAGAGAGAGAAAUAAGAGAUGUAGAACCAUUAAGAUAUAGCCCAUUGAAGAUAACCCGGAUAUCCGACAGACGAUUUAAAAUGCACGAGUAUGUUUCCCCCCCCCAAAAGAUUUUAAAACUCAAGAGUUGCGCGUACGCAGUGGUUGAGAAAAUACAAAUAAUUUAUUGAACUUGA